AAGCCAUGUGCUGCCAUUCAGAUACAGAACUGCCAAAGAAAUUGAAAUGUUUGGACUACAGCACAUCUGGGGCUGCAUUAUGCAGUACGAGGCCAUGCUAAAGUCUCCAUUUUUCCCUGUGCUCUUCUCUUUUACAGUCUACAUGAGCUUCUGCCUGCCUUUUGUCAUUCUGGAUGCCCUGUCUCCUAGGAUAGCACUAAUAAGGAGAUACAAGAUUCAACAGAAAACCAACGUGUCUUGGACUAUGAUUUGGAGCUGCCUCGCGCUCUCCCUCUACAACCAUGCUGUGUACAUCUUCCCGCUGAGCGUCCUGAACUGGUACUGGAGACCCGUCAGCUACCCAGCGGUGGCACCUGGGGUCCUGCGAGUCGUCUGGGACCUCGCUGCCUGCCUGCUUCUCUUUGACUUCCAGUACUUCGUAUGGCAUCUUCUGCAUCACAAAGUACCCUGGCUCUACCGCACUUUCCACAAGGUGCAUCACAAAUACACGUCCACCUUCGCCCUGGCCACUGAGUACUCAGGAGCUUGGGAGACUCUGUCUUUGGGUUUCUUCGCUGCAGUGAAUCCCAUGUUACUGGGGGUUCAUCCUAUGACAGAGAUGCUUUUCCAUAUGCUGAACAUGUGGUUGUCAGUUGAGGACCACUGUGGCUAUGACCUGCCAUGGGCGACACACAGACUGGUGCCUUUUGGACUGUAUGGAGGAGCUCCACACCAUGAUGUCCACCAUCAGAGGUUCAAGUCCAACUACGCUCCAUACUUCACUCACUGGGACAAGCUCUUUGGGACACUGCACUCUCAAUGAACUGAACAACUGGAACAAGCUACAUGAACUGAUUUAAUUUGUCUUUUUUGUAAAAAAGUGCAUUAUCAUUCUAUGAAUGAAUACCCUUGACUCUAAAACUGUUAUAAAAGUUGCUUUAUAGUUUGUGUGUUAAAUUAAUGAAAUUUUCUAUUUAUUGAACAUCUGUAUUUAAGUGUGACUGUAAGAAAAAGGAUAAGAGAUAUGAAAAUGCUAUGUGUAAUGACUAUAUGAAGCACAUUUGUUAACCUCAACCUGCUUUUUAUUCAUUUGUAUUAUUUUUUUAAAAGCCUGUUUUGAUACUAAAUGUUUUGGAUCAUGAAAUUUGUGGGUCAUGAAGAACAGA